AUGCCACGAACCUUCCAGACUCUCAACCUCUUCUUCCUCUCAGCCAUUCAACCUACUCCAUCGCUUUCCCCAGGACUGUGGCGGUCCUACAACAUGGAGCAUGAUCAUACAGGAAUCGCUGACUCGGGGGCACAGUGGUACGAGGGACAAAACAUGUUCCCGUGCCACCUUCUUCCCGGAACGCUUACCAUUGACAACUUGUUUCCACACCACCCUGUGGUAGGGCAAACAGCCGCUAUGAUAGGCGUCUACACUGGGAGUAACGCAGAUCAUUCCGUCGAUGGUCCGAAUGUUGGACUGCCUCAAUACCUGGAACAACAUGGCGCCAGGGUGUGCCGGUAUCCAUUGGAAACGCCGUUUGAUCUCAUGGAGGAAGUGCCUCAGGAUUACCACGCCUCCUUGUGCCCUGGCUCCAUACCGUACCACUUUCUAAUCUUCGAACGCAGGACUAGGUCCUCGAAAAUGAAGUUUCCUUGGGAGAUGGUUUUUGUCAUAUGGCGGGUGCCCGUCGAGAUCGUCAUUGCGACGGGAGAAGGAUACUACCAUUUCGCCAAAUGGCGUAUGUUGGCAGGAUGGGCGAAAAGCUAUUUCCAGUCUGAAUGGACUCUGAUGCAAUCCGAGCUACAAGAUCUGGUCACCAGAGCCACUGAGCAUGGCCAUGAGGUUCAAGCAAUCGUCUAUCGCCUACUCCUGGGGUCAUUCAAGGAUAUGGAGAUUUAUCUGGACGGAGACCGUCUGCGGGGCAAGAUCGUCCACUGGGUCUCUAAGCCUCGAUAUAUGGAGUUGCCUGCUUCUGUGAUAUUCGAGGUGCACGACUCAUCCAAGAUGGCUCGGGACCGCACGCAUUACAUGCUUACGAAGCUCACACCUAAGGGUCGCUCUCGUCCCCCUGUCAGGGUUAUGGAUGAGGAUCUUACCUUUGAUUCUUUCGUUCGACUUCCACCUCUUACCAGCGAACUUUGA